UUGAUGAGAAGAGAAGAACAGGGAAAGAAGGCCGUGAUUCAGUACAAGAACCCAGAACGACUCGCCUUACCCGCUACAGAGACGAUUAAUCCAGACUCUGAGGCUGCUACCAGCGUAGAACUCAAUUCUGCAGUCAAGCUGGACGAACUGGGGCCAAUGGUCGUCAAUUCCGAUGGAACCGUCUCGCGCAUCGCCAACUGGCAGGAAAUGUCUGAUAUAGAAAAGGAGCGGACAUACAAAGUUCUAUUGAAAAGGAACAA